ACAUGUCUUGUUCUGCUUCAUCUCGUUAUCCAUUCGGGAUAACUCUUGGUUGUUGCUAAACGAGACAGAUGAAAAAUAUCCGAUGAGUAGUUCAAUAGGGCAAAGCAUAUUGAUGGCACUAACUGUUACAGUAAACAAGUAUGCUUCAUCUAAUCUGCAAGCUGUUCCCAGAACACAAGGAAAAGUAGCAACCAAAAAAACCACACCAACCUUAAGCACCAAUGUGGAAAUGGGAAGAAGAGGACUUGUCUUAUCCACUGUAAUCGCCACCACGCAAGUACCUGAACCUGACUCUAGGACUCAGCUUCUUAAAAAAUAUCAGAAGAAAUCAGAGGAAAACAAGGAGAAAAAUGACAAAGAGAGGCUGGAGAGUUAUUACAAGCGUAACUACAAGGAUUACUUUGAAUUGAUGGAAGGGACAUUGAAGGCAAAGGAUGGGAAGCUUUCUGAUACAGAAAAGGGUAUCCUUGAUUGGCUUCAAAAAAACAAGUGAAAGGUUUUCUUAAUUGUUUUACUUUCCAGUCGGUGGUGCUCAGAUGACAUUGAAUUUGCUUCUGUACACUGUUGCUUUACCUAUGGAACUGUACAUUAGAGAUGUACAUAGGUACCUUGUAGAUUGUGAUUCCUGUGUCCUUGAAAUCCUCCGAGUACAACUAUUUCAAGUGAUCGAGUUAAUGAAUUUAAUUUGACAUUGGUAUUGGUUGGCAUCACAUUCUUCAAUAGUAUAUUGUACCACAAUAACUAUAUUUCUCUUCUUCACA